AUGCAGCAGCCUCCACCGCUUCCCCCCACGCCCCCCUCUGUCGAUAAGCCAGUGGGUGGGAUUCCAUACUUGGGCUCCCGUAUUUCACUCGUGUCAAAGACUGAUAUACGUUAUGAAGGGUUUCUCUUCAAUAUUGACACGCGUCAGAGCACUGUGGCUCUACAGAAUGUUCGUUCCUUUGGUACUGAAGGUCGUCGUGCUGAGCACGUGCCGCCCUCAUCUCAUGUGUUGCAAUAUGCAACCUUCAAAGCUUCCGAGAUUAAAGACCUGCACGUGUGUGAGGCUGCACCGUCAUCUGAAGCUUCACAGCCUCCUCAACCAUCAGUGUCUCCAGCUUCAGCUCAAUCUCCAGUGCCUUCUACAGGACCUCUUUUCCCAGCUUCCAUAGCCAAACCAACAUUAUUAACCCCCGGGUCAGUCUCAAGUGCUCACAAGCAACAGACACAACCGGAUCAGAUACCACAACAGAAUCAGAUGUCACAACAGAAUCAGAUGUCACAACAGAAUCAGAUUCCACAGCAGGAUCAGAUACCACAACCGGCUCAGAUACCACAACAGAAUCAGAUACCACAACAGAAUCAGAUACCACAACAGAAUCAGAUACCACAACAGAAUCAGAUACCACAAGAGCCACGACGACAAAAGGGGCACAAUUCUCGGACAAUCCCGGGUAUGGGUGGCCACUUGCUUAAACGCAAAGAACGCCGUGUUCCUAAUGGUGCAGAAACAGCUACAGUGAGACCUGAUGCAACCUCGGGAGAGUUUAAUUUUGCUGAAGGGUUGAGUGAUUUUAACAAAGAGCACGAGUUUUCGAAGCUUGAGGAAGAUACAAAGAAAGAGACCACGGGUAGUUAUCAAAAGUCGUCGUUCUUUGAUACGAUCUCGUGCGAUGCAUUGGAUCGACUUGAGGGACAACGGGCGAGGAUGAGUGGUGUGGAAGAGAGGAAGCUUAAUACCGAGACAUUUGGCGCCGUGGGACUGAAUAAUCGCCGUAACUUCCGUGGGCGUGGAAGAGGACGACGUGGAGGAUACCGCAAUGGCAACUGGAACGGUGGACGUAGCAAUGGCGGCGGCCGCGGCGGACGCAGCAACAGUAACAACAAUGCCUUUCCCCGACCGCAACCCGCUGGUCCGUAA